GGCUCAGCGGCGGAGCCCGCAGCCCCGAGCGGCUGCGCCCAGCUCCAUGAAUGGAAAUCGGCAGCGCAGGACCCGUCGGGGCACAGCCCCUACUCAUGGUGCCCAGACGUCCUGGCUAUGGCACCAUGGGCAAACCCAUUAAACUGCUGGCCAACUGCUUCCAAGUUGAAAUCCCAAAGAUUGAUGUCUACCUCUAUGAGGUGGAUAUCAAACCAGAUAAGUGUCCUCGGAGGGUGAACAGGGAGGUGGUGGACUCAAUGGUGCAGCAUUUUAAAGUGACAAUAUUUGGGGACCGUAGACCGGUUUAUGAUGGGAAAAGAAGCCUCUAUACAGCCAAUCCGCUCCCUGUGGCCACUACUGGGGUGGAUUUGGAUGUGACAUUACCAGGAGAAGGUGGAAAAGAUCGUCCCUUCAAAGUGUCAAUAAAGUUUGUUUCUCGGGUGAGCUGGCACUUGCUGCAUGAAGUUUUGACAGGAAGAACCUUGCCUGAGCCUCUGGAACUAGACAAACCUAUCAGCACUAACCCUGUUCAUGCUGUCGAUGUGGUGCUACGACACCUACCCUCCAUGAAGUAUACCCCUGUGGGCCGCUCAUUUUUCUCAGCUCCAGAAGGCUAUGAUCACCCCUUGGGUGGGGGUAGGGAGGUCUGGUUUGGAUUCCAUCAGUCUGUUCGGCCUGCCAUGUGGAAGAUGAUGCUCAAUAUUGAUGUUUCUGCCACUGCCUUCUACAAAGCACAACCUGUAAUUCAGUUUAUGUGUGAAGUUCUUGACAUUCAUAAUAUUGAUGAACAACCAAGACCUCUGACUGAUUCUCAUCGGGUAAAAUUCACCAAAGAGAUAAAGGGUCUAAAGGUAGAAGUGACUCACUGUGGAACGAUGAGAAGGAAAUACCGUGUUUGUAAUGUAACAAGAAGGCCUGCAAGUCAUCAAACCUUUCCUUUACAGUUAGAAAAUGGCCAGACUGUGGAGAGAACAGUAGCACAGUAUUUCAGAGAGAAAUACAACCUCCAGCUGAAAUACCCUCAUCUUCCUUGCCUACAAGUGGGACAAGAACAGAAACACACCUACCUGCCUUUAGAAGUAUGUAACAUUGUAGCUGGCCAGCGGUGUAUCAAGAAGCUAACGGACAAUCAGACAUCGACUAUGAUAAAGGCCACAGCGAGAUCUGCUCCAGAUAGGCAAGAGGAAAUAAGCAGAUUGGUGAGAAGUGCAAAUUAUGAUGCAGAUCCAUUUGUUCAAGAGUUCCAGUUCAAAGUCCGGGAUGAGAUGGCCCAUGUGACAGGACGCGUGCUCCCAGCUCCAAUGUUGCAGUAUGGAGGACGGAAUCGAACAGUGGCAACCCCAAGCCAUGGAGUGUGGGACAUGCGAGGGAAGCAGUUUCAUACUGGUGUUGAGAUCAAAAUGUGGGCUAUAGCUUGCUUUGCAACACAGAGACAAUGCAGAGAAGAAAUACUGAAGGGUUUCACAGACCAGCUGCGCAAGAUCUCCAAAGAUGCAGGGAUGCCGAUCCAAGGCCAGCCCUGUUUCUGUAAAUACGCCCAGGGUGCAGACAGUGUGGAGCCCAUGUUUCGACACCUCAAGAACACCUAUUCAGGGCUUCAGCUCAUCAUUGUCAUCCUGCCAGGGAAAACGCCGGUGUAUGCGGAGGUGAAACGCGUGGGAGAUACGCUGUUGGGAAUGGCCACACAGUGUGUUCAAGUCAAGAAUGUCAUUAAAACAUCUCCACAGACCCUAUCAAAUCUGUGCCUGAAGAUUAAUGUUAAACUAGGAGGAAUCAACAACAUCCUUGUACCUCAUCAACGACCUUCUGUGUUCCAGCAGCCAGUGAUCUUUUUGGGAGCCGAUGUCACUCACCCUCCUGCUGGAGAUGGAAAGAAGCCUUCCAUAGCUGCUGUUGUAGGUAGUAUGGAUGCUCAUCCAAGCCGGUACUGUGCCACGGUGAGAGUUCAGCGACCCCGGCAGGAAAUCAUCCAAGAUCUAGCCUCCAUGGUGAGAGAGCUUCUCAUCCAGUUCUACAAGUCAACACGGUUCAAGCCCACGCGUAUCAUCUUCUAUAGGGACGGGGUCUCUGAAGGACAGUUUCGACAGGUUUUGUAUUAUGAACUGCUAGCCAUUAGAGAAGCCUGCAUCAGUUUGGAGAAAGAUUACCAGCCUGGAAUAACCUAUAUUGUGGUGCAGAAGCGACAUCAUACACGAUUGUUCUGUGCUGACAGAACAGAAAGGGUUGGACGAAGUGGCAAUAUUCCAGCUGGAACAACCGUGGAUACGGACAUUACACAUCCAUAUGAGUUUGAUUUUUACCUCUGUAGCCAUGCUGGAAUACAGGGUACCAGCCGUCCCUCACACUAUCAUGUUUUGUGGGAUGAUAACUGUUUUACUGCAGAUGAACUUCAGCUGCUGACUUACCAGCUCUGCCACACAUACGUGCGCUGUACACGAUCGGUUUCUAUACCUGCACCAGCGUAUUAUGCUCAUCUGGUAGCAUUCAGAGCACGAUACCAUCUUGUGGACAAAGAACAUGACAGUGCUGAAGGAAGCCAUGUUUCAGGACAAAGCAAUGGGAGAGAUCCGCAGGCCCUCGCGAAGGCUGUACAAAUUCACCAAGACACCUUACGCACGAUGUACUUCGCUUAAGUCAAUAAAAUGGGAGCAUACUCACUGAAAGGAAGAACUGAAAAAUUAAGCCACAUACAAUGUAUGUUUCCAGUGGGGUUGGUUUAUGGGGUGUGCCUCCGAUCAUGCUGAAGUUGACACUGUGCAGGGGCGAGAGGCUAACCCUUAAAUUGACACAAGGAAGAUUGUUUACUUCAUCGAGGAACACAGCACUAUUAUGCAAUACGAAACCAGCCAACUGCUUUUUUGGCGCAGAAGCACCGCCAUCAUAUUUUUUUUUUAAUUUCUUGUAGUUUAACCCUCUUAUGCCUUUACCUCAAGUUGCUCGGCAGCACAACUAUCUUUGCAAAAAAAAAAAUAAUAAAAAAAUCGAUGGUGUAAUUUAAAAAAAAAAAAGCAAACCACCUUUACAGGAACAAUCACAGUGAUUGUUUGGGAGAGGGAAGUGUGCAAAAAAAAAAAAGAUUAAGUUUUUGACCCCACUGCAUUGAGGAAUCUUUCUCUCAAUAUUGCCAUCAAGCAUUCGAAUGUGAACAUAUCCAAGUACAUUUGAAUGUACAGCACUAGCUAGAAAAAAUUGAGGGGAGGGAAGAUGUUUUGCACACUAAUCCAAUAAUUUGAUCAUAAUUUAGCCAACUGCUGCCUUUGUGUCUUUCUUCACAGCUUUGGAGUUCUCAGCUCCAAUAGUUCCCUUUUAAAACGCGAAGAAGCUAGUGGUAUUAUGUGCAGGCAGUAGUGAUCCAAACUCUUCUUGCUCCCUGGUGAAUUUACUAAAGCUGCUGUUUUACCUAGUCCAAAAGUUUCAAUUAUUUUCUAUCUGGCAAGUCAAAUAUGUUGAAGCUUCACAUGAGAUCAGAUGUCUCACGUUUUAUGGGAUUACAUAUAGUAAACACCAGAACUGAAACUUUAGAGCUAAGGUCUUUUUGGAAAAAAGAAAAAUGCUAGUUUACUUGCUGCCUCUCACACCUUAAUGUGAUUUCAUAUGUAUGUGUUUUUGAAGUUUAGCUUCCUUUUGUUUCUUUUAUAUUUAUUAGAGUAAUAAUAAUGCUUUAAUUUAAUUAUUACAGAACAUAUGGUCAACAUCAACUUUUAUUUUUUAGAAAUGUAACCAUGUUUAUUUUUUAAAAACUGACAACUUGUUUUGCUAUCUUUUAGUGCAAUAAGCGUUCUAAAGAAAAACUGUGUCCAUUGAGCUGUACUAAAGCAGUGUUUGUACCACUAACUGUGGAAGAAUGGACACCUCCAUGAUUUUAAAAGGACAAAGCAAAAGCCUUAAUUUUGAAAGGAAAGUUUUAUAGUCAGAAGGAAUCUUGAAUUUUCCUUUUUUAAAUCAAAAAAAUAGCAAAAAUGCUUCUAGAAUUCUGCAAGCUUUACUUGUCACUGCAGUGUUUUGAUUUAACAAAGGAAUUGGCCGUAUUUUUGGCUUUGAAAUGUGGAGGAUAUUUGAAUUAAUGGAAAGGGUUUUUUAUUAAGAUCUAAGUUUUUACAUGCUUAGUUAAAUCUAUCUGACAUCAGUAAAAUGUCUGGAAUUAAUAAAAGUUUUUAGGCUUUUUUCCUCUUUGAUAAUGACUUUCCUUUUAAAAUUAAGUUAUUGGUAACUUCAUUUCACUUUGCAAAUAAAGAGGGCUGGGAUAGUUCUAACAUGUUAAAUCACUGAAAUGUGAAACAAAUUAAUGGGACUCUUUCAUUCCACUUUAAAGGUAAGACAAUAUUUAAGAUGUCAGAGAUGAGCAUUUAUUCAGUGAGGGGACUGGGGAGUUUUGCACUUUGUAAACUCGUGAACUGCAUUUUUGACUGUUUUUAUUUGCACUGGUUCAUAGUAUAUAUACUGCAGAUCGUUUGUAUGGGCAUUGCUGUUAUCCCAGCCCUUCUGAACUCCACCUGCUCUCCACAUGAAAACCAGUGGGUUGGUAUAAGUAAGCUUAUCUCCUGUCAUUCUCAUGAAAUCCGCUGUUUGACAAGAUACUGUAUUUUGAGCCUAAAAUCUGAGCCCGUUUUGCUUCAACAGGCACGAAUCUCCCCCAUUUUCUCUGCCAGAAAACAAAGUACUGUAUUUUGUGCAUUUGUAUAUUGUAUUGAAAUGUAUGUAGUGCUGUUCACAACACUGUCUCAAAGAGCUUUACUCAACAGUUAGUGUAUAUACAUACUUUAUCUCCCAAUACCAAGGAAGAUAAUGUAAAAAGACUAACUUUGCAAAGUUAAAAUUGCACUGGAAAUAGUUGUGACGGUGGGCAGUUGGCUAGUGGCUUGGGGGU